GCGGUGUUUUGGAGGAGGAAGUGAAAGGGGAAGAGAGACGCUGGACGGUAGCCGAUGUUUAGCCCGCUGGUAGACCUUACGCCUUGAAGCCAAGCGCAACAUUUACCCACCGGCGGUCGAUUACCUGUCUCGUCAAUUCGCGACACGGUUGUUGUUGUUGGUGUACACGCAGAGGACAACACCUUUGUUUUUUCUUUGCAAUUUGAGACGCGGCGUUGCCGAAUUAACGCCAGCGAACGAGUUCAGUGACGGCGAGCUAGCUAGCAGGCUAACUAACGGAACGCCUCGUUAGCCCAGUUAGCCAGUAAGGCUAACAGCACCUGAACAACAACAGCCAGUCCGCUCGCAGCCCGGUCGGUUCCCGUUAUCAAGCCCAAGCUGCGGAAAAAUGACAUCCAGGAAGAAAGUGCUUUUGAAAGUCAUCAUCCUCGGAGAUUCUGGUGUGGGAAAGACCUCCCUAAUGAACCAGUAUGUGAACAAGAAGUUUAGUAACCAGUACAAAGCAACAAUAGGAGCGGACUUCCUGACCAAGGAGGUGAUGGUGGACGACCGGCUCGUUACAAUGCAGAUCUGGGACACGGCUGGCCAGGAGAGGUUCCAGUCUCUGGGCGUAGCAUUCUAUCGCGGAGCAGACUGCUGUGUGCUGGUGUUUGAUGUGACUGCGCCCAACACCUUCAAGACACUCGACAGCUGGAGGGAUGAGUUCCUGAUCCAGGCGAGCCCUCGAGAUCCGGAGAACUUCCCCUUCGUGGUGCUCGGCAACAAGAUUGACUUGGAGAACAGACAGGUAACCACCAAAAGGGCUCAGGCUUGGUGUCAGAGUAAGAACAACAUCCCCUACUUUGAGACCAGCGCCAAAGAAGCCAUAAAUGUAGAACAGGCAUUCCAGACAAUUGCACGCAACGCCCUUAAACAGGAGACAGAGGUGGAGUUGUACAAUGAAUUCCCGGAGCCUAUAAAACUGGAUAGGAAUGACAGAGCUAAACCUUCAGCAGAAAGCUGCAGCUGCUGAGGGACAACUUGGACCAUCUUCUCUCUUGGCUGUCUGAAACGCUCUGUCACUGGUUACAUCACCUGCACCUCGCUCCCAGGGAGAAGACCUCCCUACUGGUCUUCCUCCGUCACGCCACUGUUUAUUCCAUCGACACAAACCCUCACGCAGUACGCUGCACAUGGAUGUACUACUACUACACACACACACACACAGUACACAUAUUAAUACACACGCACACUUGCUGAUAAAUCCAGUGCCCAAAGAUCCCACAAGAGAAGAAUGACACCCCUUCUGACCUACCGAGUCCCUGACUUGCUAGUGAGCCCCCCCCGUUUCUCUGACUUUGCUCUCACACUGAGGGGGCAAGAUGGAGCCAUGUUCAAAGAGGGCAAUUGGAAACUCUAGAUCGACUGGCUGCAGCUCUGUAAUGUGAGAUGAUGUUGGCUAACGUCAGCAUCCCAAGUAUCUUAUUCUCUUUUUCUUUUCGCUUUCUAUUUCUAUUGCCAAUCAGUCAAAACAUGAUUGCGUUGAUCUUUUUUUAAAGUUAAUAGAUCAGCUAAUUAAUAUAUAUAUAUGUAUAAUCAACAUUAUUAACAAUAAUGUUGUUAUUUCUCAAGCCUGAAACACAAACCUGUUUUUUUGCACUUUCUUUUUAUGUUUUUGCCUUUUUAAAAUAAUAUUGAGGGAUUACUGAUUUUGGGCAACGUCUGCCACACAUGCGCUUCGGUAAGCUUCAAAUGAUACGACCUCACUUGUUUUCCCUGUCAAACAUGUUCCCAGAGAAUCAGUUUAACACUAUCGCAACGUUCUGCCUUUUCCCUUCCAGUUGGUGUGUUAGUGGCUUUAUAACUGCUUCACACUGCAGAUGCGUAGACAUUAAGUAAAAGCUGAUAAUGCAGUCACAACCCUAAAACAUGGAUUCAUUCCUCGAUAUAUUAAUAUUUGCCUUUUAUGUAACAUUACUUGUAUGCUACUAUUCCCGCUGUAUGUCUUAUGUUGUUCAGACAUCUUUUAACGCUUUGGAAUUACAAUACGUGUCACCAACGCCGCAUACACCCGUCUCCUGUCCCGUCUCUGUCAUUGCUGUUCUCUCUGCUUGUAGCUCAGGUUGGCUAAGUACUUCAUAUUUUUAACGGAUUGUGCAUUCCGGUGUAUAGAUGGUUAAUGGCAGAUGGAUUAAAUUUAAAUGGAUGAGUUCUCUUCCGUUUAAAGAAAAGUUCCAACGUUUUGCCCUGGUAUUACUCCUUCUCUUUAUUGGAAACGAAUCACUGCAAUGCCAACAAUGUUGUCAAGGAAAAUUGGGAUGUCAAAUAAUAAAACUCUUGAAUAUAUCAAUGA